AUGGCCGAGGAAGAAGACGACUCGCUAGAUGCGCUUGAAUAUGAGCUCAACCAGAUGGGUCUCAGUGUCGAAGAUUUACAGCCCCCUGAAGACGGGCAAUUUGAUAGGCGGGCCAUGGCUCGAGUUGAGUCUGCCCGAAUCAUGUCCCGCAGGUUCAUCGAGAGGGAUAGAGUCAAGGACAGGAUAAGCGCGCAGACAAAGGGUCCCGUGGGCGGCAGUGUAUGCCGCCAACGAAAUCACGUCACCAACAAGGAAAAUCUGGUAGACUACAAGUUUCGUGGGAGUGGUUUGUCGCUGCGUUCUGAUUUGUUGGUGGCUUGGGUGGCGGAUACCGGCACUUCUGAGAUCGCCAUUAUGGCUGUUGGCCUAACUACCAGGGAAAAACGAAAGGAAGAAGCCAAGAACAACAUCAUACUGCAGGCAUUGACAGAGUCUUCCGAUCUUGAGGCGCUCCGCCGAGAAAAGCGAGCUAUUAUUGAAGAGGAGCGGUGCCUAAAGGCGCUCAUGGACAUCGAGAAGAGCUCCGGGCAUCGCAAGGCCCAGAUGCUGGCCGCUCUGAGGGCCGAGAAACAGCGCCACGCGGCAAAGGCCGACUAUCGCCGCAGACGCUUCACGGACGCCCUCGAGAGUCAUUUCGAGAAGGAGGCCGAGGUGCUGCGAGAGAAGCACGGCGUAGCCCCAAAGGCUACAAACACCUUCUCCUCGUUCGACGGGUGAAACGAGAACUAGACAUUUCUUACUCGGAAAGCAUAGCGCACGGGUUUUGGCGACCUGUUUUCGUCAGCUGGGACCGCUCAUCCCUACAAUGCUGUAGCUGGAUCGCACUGCCGUAGGACCAGGUUGACUUUUUCCCGUCAGGUAUAGGUUCAGAUGGGCGGCUUCGGUGUUGGCGAAUGCCGUUGUUGCGGGAAUGUUUCAAACUCGAGGAUGUAGACGCUGCUCCUGUGGCCGUGAUUUAGGUACGUACUCCACGACGAUUAGGGUUCUGGAUGUUUUAGUGUUCUUCUGGAGUCGCCUCCAAACUGAGCCACCAGCGUGCAGAGGAAUGUGGCGGGGGCUUGGAAAUUGUAACGUGGCGCAUUCCCUUCACAAUCCUUGGUUCGAGACCAUGAUAUGUUGAAGUGGACCAUGUCUCCAAACCAACCUCGUCGUACAUUAAGCAAGUUGGGUUGGAGCUAGCUGAAGCGUGUACCAGGGACUAAGCACGGUGGUCCGUGCGCCAGUGUAAACCUUUACAGAUCAGUGCAUAUAAACGGUGUAUGGCCGACGAGCGGUGCAUUUGAGGGUUGAUCUGGACGCUUGUGUAAACGGUGAACUAGGAGGCUUGUACACAAGGUGCUUCAUACGAGUACCUACAUUUUACAU